UUCUCGCAGAUUUUUUGCUUUUGUCUCCCUUCCGUUCGUUCGUUCUGUGCCCCGCGAAAAUAAGGACCGUGGUGUAGGUUUUCCCUCCGAGAGUAGCGAAUUUUUCUGUUGGUGGCUUUCUAGGCCUUCCCCGAAAUCUAUCGUCCACGGAUAACUAUCGUUCCACGGCAGCAAGAUGUCGUUCAUCGCACGAAAUGUGGCCAGAACGUUGGCGCAGGCAUCAUGCCGUGGCAUCCAUUCUACGACCGUAGCACAAAACCCGCGUCAGGGUAAAAGCGAAGGUCGCAUCACCUGCACUCUGAUUCCCGGCGAUGGCGUCGGUCCCGAGCUGGUGUACUCGGUGCAGGAAGUGUUCAAGGCCGCGGAUGUGCCGGUCGAUUUCGAGACGUUCUUCCUGUCGGAGGUCAACCCAACGCUGAGUGCUCCGCUCGAGGAUGUCGUGCGUUCGAUCAACAAGAACAAGGUGUGCUUGAAGGGUAUCCUGGCAACGCCGGAUUUCAGCCGCACCGGUGAGCUGGAAACGCUCAACAUGAAGCUGCGUAACGAGCUCGAUCUGUAUGCGAACGUCGUGCACGUUGUGAGUCUGGAGGGUGUGCAUACGCGCCACAAGGGCAUCGAUGCGGUCGUCAUUCGUGAGCAGACGGAAGGUGAAUAUUCGGCGCUGGAGCACGAAGCCGUCCCCGGUGUGAUCGAGUGCCUGAAGGUGAUUACCGCCCAGAAGUCGGCCCGUAUCGCCAAGUUUGCGUUUGACUAUGCGACCAAGCACAACCGCAAGAAGGUCACCUGUGUGCACAAGGCCAACAUCAUGAAGCUGGGCGAUGGGUUGUUCAUGAGGAAGUGCGAGCAGGUAAGGUGGUCGUUUGGUGUGGCAUUUUUCGAGAUAGUGGUCCGUAAUCUCUCUGUUCGAUUGCAGAUCGGAAAACUGUAUCCCAGAAUUCAGUUCGAAAAGAUGAUCGUAGACAACACGACGAUGCAGCUGGUCAGCAACCCGAACCAGUUCGAUGUGAUGGUGGCCCCGAAUCUGUAUGGCAACAUCAUCGAUAACAUCGCAUCGGGCCUAGUCGGUGGUGCUGGCGUUGUUGCCGGUGCUUCGUAUUCCGCCGAGCAUGCCGUCUUUGAGCCGGGUGCACGACACACGUUCGCUGAGGGCGUUGGUAAGAACAUUGCCAACCCGACGGCAAUGCUGCUCUGCUCGUCCAAGAUGUUGCGCCACGUCAACUUGCUGCCCUACAGCCAAAUGAUCUUCCAGGCGGUGCAGAACGUACUGCGCGCCGGCAAGGUCCGCACCAAGGAUCUCGGUGGCCAGAACACGACCAACGAGUUCACCCAGGCUGUUAUUCACAAUCUGCGAUAAAUGCAACGGGAAUGGUGCUACGAUAAUGGAGCCAGAACGAAUUGACCUACUAAAAACACCCGCGUCUCCUCUAAAUCCUGCGGAAACACGAUAGUACUUGCUAUCCAGCCAUCCUUUCAGUAUCUUUUCAACCCGAUUCUAACUUAUUCUGUCCCUAAUUUCCUUUUCGCCGCCCCGGUCUAUAUUACGAAAUGAAUGCAAUUGUCGCCAUGGUGGAGUUUAUACCUUUUUAGUGGAAAUGUGUUUAUAAAACAACGGUUAGCCCUAUUUAUUGAACGAACCCCUACCAAAUUACCAGAGACAGUGUGUGCUCAAAAGCAGAACGCGCUUUUCGAUCGGUCGAUCAGUCAGCCAGUGUGGGAAUGCCAUCGGAAUGCUCGGUUCGUCCCGAGAGUAUUAACGGAAAUGAGGACAGCAAACAGACGUAAAGGUCACCGCCACCGUUGUACGUUUCUAGCAAAAUGACGAGUCAUCGAAUAAAGUAUAAUAAACUAAAACACCCCAAACGCGCCGAGUACCGGAAGCGCCGUUGGUUGGUAAAAGCAACCGUCCGACUA